UUGACUUUCUAGCACCUGUAACCCUUCUCGCUAAGAGUUACAUUCAAAAACUGUGGUUAUUAGGCAUUGGAUGGGAUGAGACUUCUCCCAGUGAAAUGGUUCUUUUGUGGAAACGCUUUUGCGAUCAAAUUCCCAUAAUCAAAACCCUCGAAAUUCCUAGGUAUGUUUUUCUAAGGACAUGGUUUCUUGUGAGAUUCACGGUUUCAGUGAUAGUUCACAGAUCGGCUAUGGAGAAGUAGUGUACUUGCGUAUCUCAACCGCCUCUGACAUCAGAGUAUUCUUCAUUUGUGCUAAAUCUCGCGUCUUCCCAACUAAACGAGUCAGUCUUCCUCGUUUAGAACUGUGUGCCGCUGUAUUGCUAGCUGACAUCAUCAAAUACGUUAAAGAAUUGUAUUUCCAUCUGCUCAACAUUACAAACACAUUCGCAUGGUCAGAUUCCACAGUUGCUUUGUCAUGGAUUCGUGCUCCUUCUUCUCAGUGGAAGACUUUCGUGGCUAAUCGCGUAAGUCACAUCCAAGACGCGGCUCCUAAUACUGAAUGGCGUCAUGUGCCUACUAGUGAAAACCCUGCGGAUACCGCAUCCCGAGGCCAAUUUCCCGCUGAUUUAGUCCACAGUACUUUAUGGUGGGCGGGACCCCAGUGGCUUGCUCAAUCUUCCGCUGCUUGGCCUCAGUUGGACCUAACUAGUACCCAUGAUAACACUGACGAUCGAGGAAAAAGUACAUUCUUUUAUUGUCCAAGAUGAAACCAUACUGGAUAGGUUUAUCAUUCAGUACUCUUCCAUUCGUAAAGCACAAAGAAUCUUAGCAUACUGCCGUAGGUUCAUGCAUAACUGUCGCAACCCUGAAUCUCGGGAGACUCAGUCGUUUCCAACUCGUCUGGAACUUUACGACGCUUUAUUAGUUUACGCAAAAAGAGUUCAAUCCGUUCUUUUCGCUUACGAAAUUAAAAAACUAAAGGAAGGUAAACUCCUACAAAAACAAAUGCGCAAACUUAAUCACUUUUUAGAUGGCCGUGGUAUUCUCAGAAUGGGCGGACACUUAUCUCGUUCGGGCCUGGAGUGUGAUCACAAACGUCCGGCUCUCUUACCCG